AUGCAGCCUAUAAAUUUUGUCAAAACGACGACUAAAUCAAACAAUAGAGUGUAUCGAUUUUUUCCAUUGAUUCAACACUUUAUUUACAAAACUGUAGGAGUGUCACCAUGGAUAUUGGACACUUCUGAGAACUAUCAAAAUAAAGAAGUAGUUUCUAAAUUUUCAUGCUUUGGAUCUCUAUACAAUGCUUUCGUGAUUACGUUAAUUGUUUUAUUUAAAUGCUAUUAUGUAAUUAAUGGUUCUACAGAUAAUGAUCGAACUGACAACGAUGAAGACAAAAAAAAAGAUGACACAGUUGACAUUUUAGACAAAUCUCAAUCUAAAUCUAUGGUCAGUGUCAUCAAUCGUUUGAUCAUAAUUGACAGAAAAUUGAAUCAAUGCACAAAAUUUGAACCAAACAGAAUUUCAAGCUACCUCAUUUUUCUAGUAAAUAUUGCAAUUUCCUGCGGCACAAUACUAAUGGUCGCAUCGAAUUCGUCCGUAAAAAUAGUGAUAAGCGAAAAUAUUCCAACUAUUAUCAGCAGUUGGGUUAUUAUUCAGUACACUCUGCUAUUGAUUGUCGUCGAGGAGCGGUUCAAAAUAAUAAAUUCAAUAAUUUACAAAAUGGGCGACUUCGCAAGUGACAGUACUCGAAAACCAACGUUACUGCUGAUUGAUGUAUCCAUCUUGCGUGAUUCUGUCUGUCAGAAUAUCGAUAUUAUGAUGAAGAACGCUUACGUGGAAUUGUGCGAUAUUUGUGAUGAAAUCACCGAUUUUUUUGGAAUACCGGUAUUGAUUAGCAUAAUGUACUUCAGUCAAGUGGGUAUAUACAUUUUAUACGACCUAAUGAUACCAUCUCUUAAAAAAGAACCUAACGAGUUUGCAUUUUAUUCCACCAUUUUAAUUCGUAUUGUGUGGACCGUGUUUUUAUUUUUGGUAUUAACUUCAAGUGUUUCGAGAACUACCAGUGAGAGUAAAAAGACGGGAAAAAUUAUUAGCCUGCUUACAGAUCGAUGUCCCAUGAAUCCAAAAGUCAAAGAACAAAUGACCAAAUUUUCAAAUGAUCUUCUGCAUUUUGACGUCAAGUUUUCUGCAUGUGGGAUCGUACCAUUGGACAGAAGUCUCAUAGGAACAAUAACUGGUACUAUUGCGACGUAUCUUGUGAUUUUCAUCCAA